AUGGCUAGUGUAUCCUAUCAAAUUGCAAAUCUUCUGGAGAAGAUGACAUCCAACGACAAAGACUUUAGGUUCAUGGCUACUAAUGAUUUGAUGACUGAAUUACAAAAAGACAGUAUAAAGCUUGAUGAUGACUCUGAAAGAAAAGUGGUGAAGAUGCUCCUCCGUCUUCUCGAAGACAAGAACGGUGAAGUGCAAAAUUUAGCUGUGAAAUGUCUCGGCCCACUUGUGAAUAAAGUGAAGGAGUAUCAAGUAGAAGGUAUUGUGGACACUCUGUGUGCUAACAUGCUGUCAGACACUGAACAACUACGAGAUAUCAGUAGCAUUGGGUUAAAGACUGUCAUUUCUGAAUUACCGCUAGGUUCUAAUACUUUGGCUGCAAAUGUGUGCAAGAAAAUUACUGGCAAACUAAGCAGUGCUAUUGAAAAGCAAGAAGAUGUCUCAGUUCAACUUGAGGCUCUGGAUAUACUAGCUGACCUGCUAAGCAGAUUCGGUGGCUUGCUGAUUACCUUCCAUCCAAUGUUGCUAAAUUCUCUUCUGCCACAACUAGCUUCUCCACGUCAGGCUGUCCGUAAACGCACCAUAGUUGCAUUGUCCCAUCUGGUCAUGUCCUGCAAUGCAUCUCUUUACAACAAACUUAUUGAUCACCUAUUGGAAGGGCUGAGUUCUUCUACAUCAUCUAGUGUCAGCCGUACCCACAUACAAUGUAUUGCAUCUAUUUGUCGCCAAGCAGGACACAGGUUUGGUGAGCAGCUGUGGCGUGUGGCUCCACAAGUUCUGGAAUAUUCAACUGAUGCCGAUGAAGAACUCCGUGAACAUUGUCUGCAAGCACUUGAAGCUUUUGUACUUAAAUGUCCUAAGGAAGUGCAGCCUCACAUCCCUACGAUUAUUGAUCUUUGCCUCAAAAUGAUCACCUACGAUCCUAACUAUAACUACGAAGAUGAGGAGGAAGAUGGUGGUGGUGAAGAUGAGGAGAUGGAAGACGAGUCAUUUGCACCUGAUGCUGAACCAGAGUCGGAUUCUGAGGAGUACUCUGAUGAUGAUGACAUGUCAUGGAAGGUGAGGCGUGCAGCGGCCAAGUGCUUAGAAUCUGUCAUCGCAACUCGUCAUGAGCUCCUUGGAGAAAUGUACCAAACUGUGUCACCUGCUUUGAUUGCUAGAUUUAAAGAACGCGAAGAGAACGUGAAGUGCGAUAUUUUAAGUGCGUACACUGCCCUGUUGAGAGCCACUAGACCACCUCCGGCAUUGCAGAUUACCAUCAUACCUACGGACAACUCGCCGCAAGCUCUCUUAUUACAAAGAGUGUCCGGCGUAGUGCGCGGCGCGCUGCGUGUGAUCCGCGGGCGCAGUGUCCGCGCGCGCGGCGCGGCGCUAGCGCUGCUGCGCGAGCUGCUGGCCGCGGCGCCCGGCUGCCUCGCUGACCAUGCCGCCAGGGUCAUACGGGCUCUCACUCCCGCACUCACUGACAAGAGCACAGCGUCAUCAAUGAAGAUAGAGACCCUAGUGUUUGUAGUGUGCUUAGUGCGCGGUCACCCGGCGGCGACGAUGCGUCCCCACGUGGGCGCGCUGUUGCCCGCCGUGCUGUGCUGUGUUCACGAUCCCUUCUACAAAGUCACUGCUGAGGCAUUGCGAGUUCUACAAACUCUUGUCAAAGUUAUGCGCCCGUUAGACGACGUGCCGAGCGGCGCGGCGGUGGAGGCGGCGCCCCCCGCGCUGGCGGCGUACGUCCCGGGCAUGUACGAGGUGACGCUGGUGCGCCUGCGCGCCACUGACAUGGACCAGGAGGUCAAGGAACGAGCCAUCGCCGCCUGCGGACAACUUCUCUGUCAUUUCGGUGACUAUUUACAACACGAGCUUCCGGUCUGUCUCCCAAUAUUUUUAGAACGCCUGCGCAAUGAGAUAACUCGUUUAACCACAGUCAAAGCACUCACUAAGGUCGCAUCAUCGCCACUUAGAAUCGACCUUUCACCUAUUCUUUCCGAUGCCAUACCUAUUCUAGGAUCGUUCCUAAGGAAAAAUCAACGAGCCUUGAAGUUGUCUACUCUAGUGCUUUUGGAUACUUUAGUACAAAACUAUAGCAAUGCAAUUAGUAUAGAACUUUUGAGUAAGGUAUUACUGGAAGUCCCAGCGUUGGUAGUAGAAGCAGACCUGCACUGCGCGCAGACCGCGCUGACGCUGGUCCGCUGCGCCUGCAUCAAGCUGCCCGCCGCGCUCACGCCCGAGGCGCGACACGCACUCACUCCCAAUAUACUCGCACUCGCCAAGUCACCGUUAUUGCAAGGCGGUGCCCUGAAGGCGAUGCUGGGCGUGCUGAGCGCGCUGGUGUCUGCCGACGUGGCGGGCUGCUCGCGCCGCGACCUGCUGGCGCUGCUCGUGGCGCCCGUACACAAGCUCACCGACCACACGGCGUCCACACACCACAUCAAACAGGCGUUCCACUCGCUGGCGAAGUGCGUGGCGGCGGUGGUGGCGGAGGGCGGCGCGGACGCGCUGGACGUGGUGCGCGGGUUCCUGCGCGACAUCGCGCGCCCCGCCUCCGACGCGCACCACAUGUUCGCGCUGCUCGCACUCGCGGAGAUCGGCCGCCACUUAGAUUUAAGCUCCAUACCGAAUUUGAAGGAGGUGCUUCUAAGUUCGUUCACGCCUUCAUCUGAAGAAGUGAAGUCGGCCGCUAGUUAUGCGCUCGGUUCAGUAGCAGUGGGCAACUUGCCCGAGUUCCUACCAUUCAUACUGGGCGAGAUCGAGGCACAACCUAAGAGGCAAUACCUUUUGUUACACUCUUUGAGGGAGAUAAUCUCAUGUGAAUCCUGUACUCCUGAGGGUGUCGAAGCUCUGAGGCCGUUUAUCCCCGAGAUCUGGGUGCAGCUCUCGAAACACUGUCAAUGUGCAGAGGAAGGAUCUCGCAAUGUUGUUGCGGAAUGUUUAGGCAAGUUAUGUUUACUAGAGCCACAAGACUUAUUACCACACCUGAAGGAGUUCCUCAAGUCGCCCGAGCCACUCACAAGGACAACUGCAGUCACAGCCGUCAAGUUCACGAUAUCAGACCAGCCUCAAGCGAUCGACCCAUUGCUCCGCGGCUGUAUGUCGGAGCUGCUGGUCCCGCUGCGCGACCCCGAGCUGGGCGUGCGGCGCGUGGCGCUGGUCGCCUUCAACUCGGCAGCACACAACAAGCCCUCGCUCAUACGCGACCUACUGCCACAAGUACUGCCCACCAUCUACAGCGAGACUAAAGUUAAGAAAGAACUAAUCCGCGAGGUAGAAAUGGGACCGUUCAAGCAUUCAGUAGACGAUGGCCUAGACUUGCGGAAGGCAGCGUUCGAGUGUAUGUACACGUUGCUGGGGACGUGCCUCGACAGACUCGACGUGUUCGAGUUCCUGCGACACGUGGAGGACGGGCUGCGCGACCACUACGACAUCAAGAUGCUCACCUACCUCAUGUGCGCGAGAUUGGCUCAGUUGUGCCCCGCUGUUGUAUUGCAGAGGCUAGAAAGUUUAGUAGAACCCCUCAGAGCGACGUGCACAAUGAAGGUAAAGGCUAACUCCGUCAAACAAGAAUAUGAGAAACAAGAUGAACUCAAGAGGUCCGCGCUCAGGGCAGCCGCGGCGCUCCUACAGAUACCAGAAGCUGAAAAGAAUCCUCACUUGAUGGACUUCGUGACACAAAUCAAGUCGUUCCCGGACCUGCAGCCUAUCUUCGAGUCCAUCCUGAAGGACUCGACCGGCGGUGGCGGCGUGGACUCGAACCUGAUGGACCAGAGCUAG